AUGUCUGGUGCCGAGCAGCUGCAAAAAGAGCAGAUUGAGUCUAUAAAUGUUGGAGGCACCAAACUAGUGAUUGAUGUAGUUUGUGUCCACCGGCGGGUUCCAAGGCUUGUCUACACCAGCACCGUCAAUGUCGCAUUCGGCGGGAAGCCCAUAGAACAGGGCGAUGAGGACUCUGUGCCAUAUUUCCCACUGGAGAAGCACGUGGACCACUACUCCCGAACCAAAGCCAUUGCUGACCAGUUGAUCCUCAUGGCCAACGGGACGCCUCUCCCAGGAGGAGGCGCUCUGCGGACAUGUGUGCUCCGGCCCCCAGGGAUCUACGGCCCCGAAGAGCAGAGGCACCUGCCCCGCGUGGCGAGCCACAUCAAGAAGAGACUGUUCAUGUUCCGAUUUGGGGACCGCAGGACGAGGAUGAACUGGGUCCACGUGUGCAACCUGGUGCAGGCACACGUGCUAGCAGCCGAGGCUCUCACCGCCACCAAGGGCUACGUGGCCAGUGGGCAGGCGUACUACAUCAAUGACGGGGAGAGCGUCAACAUCUUCGAGUGGAUGGCCCCACUGUUUGAGAAGCUGGGGUACAGCAAGCCCUGGAUCCAGGUUCCUACUUCCUGGGUUUACCUGUCAGCCACGGUGAUGGAGUAUUUGCACCUGGCCCUGAAGCCCAUCUGCAGCCUCCCGCCGCUGCUCACCCGGAGUGAGGUGCGCAGCGUGGCCGUGACGCACACCUUCCAGAUCGCUAAGGCCCGCGCUCAGCUUGGCUACGUGCCCGACAAGUUCAGCUUCGCAGACGCCGUGGAGCGAUACGUGCAGUCGACGGGCCGGGGAACCCGCGGCUCCACAGCGCGAACGCUCCUGCGGCUACUGCUCGGGCUGCUGCUGCUCCUCGGCCUGCUCGUGCUGGCCCUGCACUUCCUAGGCCCGCGGCCGUUCGUCGUCUGACCAUCGUCGCCGGCCUGUCCCUGCCCCUGCUUCGCCUUCAGGACUUGCACCAGACCCUGCUCCGUCCUCCGGACUUGGGCGCUCCCUUGAGUCCUGGGCUUGUCCCUGCCCCACCCUCUGGGCUUGGAUCUGCCUAGCAGGUCUUCCGCUUGGAUAUUCCGGCGUUCUAACCCCGCCCCUGUCCCGCCCUCUGGGUUUCGACGUGCCCCUGCCCCGCCUCUUGAGCCCUGGCCACGCCCCUUUCCCUCCCUCCGGCCUUGGUCUCUCUCUGACCCGGCCGGGAUGCCUACGAGAAGGUCCUAUCUUCACAGCCUGCUCCGCCUUCCAGGCCUUCUCCCCGCCCCUGCCCAGGCCUGGCCCGCCCCCGCGUUCUCCCCUGCUCUAGUCCGCCCCGUUUCUGGCUGUAGCCGAACGCCUGAAUCCUCGCCUUGGUUUCUCCUUUGGUAACUAGACUUGCUCAUCUCUCUUGGUCGGUCCCUCUCCUCUCCUGUUUGUGAUUCAGCCUUAGCCCCAUCCCCUCCCGUCUGGCUCCACUCCUAGGGGCCUAGCUGCAGCUGCUCGUGCAGCUGGGCUGACGUUUCCAAGUUUUCGCUGGCUGCUGCUACCUCUGUAGGGACACGGACCCUCCUCGCUGCCCGAGCUUCUCUGUGCUUGUCCUGAGAUGUCUCGGGAUCUUGGAUUAGACCCCUUCUAGGAGCACUGAGUUUGAUCAGCUGCUAUGCUUAUGUUUUGGGUUCGCUCACUCAUGCAGGUCUCCCUGUGUGUUGAUAGACAGGGUUGGAAGGACACCUGAGACCCAGGCUUCUGCCCAGCCCAACUUGGCCUUUUUGGGUUUCCGGUGCAUGAGUCUGGGGAUGACUCAGUAAGCACAGACUUCAAUACCAGAAGGGACAUCAAAAAAGGAAAAGAAAAAAAAAAUUUUUUAGGGUGGUCAAAAGAUACAAACUUCCAGUUAGUUAUAAAGUAAAUAAAUUAUGGGGGUGAAAUGUACAGCCUGGUAACUACAGUAUUGUAUAAAUGAAAGUUGCUGAGAGUAGAUCUUACGUUUUCAUCACAAGAAAAAUAAUUGGAACUCUGUGUGGUGAUGGAAUUUAACUAGACAUUGUGAUCAUUUCACAAUAUAUACAUAUGGCAAAUAAUUAUGUUGUAC